AUGUUCCUCUCCCACCUCUCGGGUUGGACGGGUUUGGAAAACAGUGAGUACUCGAAGUAGAGCGUGAUGUGGUCGCUUGGCCCUAAUGGUUGUCGGUCCUGCAGGUCUAACACGUUUUCCUCCUCUCGGGUAAAAAUAAGAUCAAGGCAGUUCGACUGCUGCCCUUCCCUGACCCGUGUUCCAAAGGUAACAUUCUGGCAGAGAAGUCUGUCCGUUGCCCAUUGUAGUAGUUUGCCUUUGCCCACUCACCAUCUCCAUUUCAAAAACGAGCUAGCUCAACGGCUAGACAUCCUUCCAGUCCCUGCCGCCUCCGCCGCUGAGGAGAACGCCUCCGUACAGAAAUGAUGGUGUUAACUGCGAGACACGGUCCAGUCGACGGCGUUGGCCAUCCUCGGUCCAGCACACCGCCAAUUCCAGGACUGGUUCGACGACAACGACGCCGCCAUAAACAAUCUGCUCGCUGAGAAGAAUCGCCUACACAAAGCCUACGUUGAACACCCCACCGACGAAAACCGGAGUGCUUUCUACCGCUGUCGUCGCCUCCUACAACAGCGACUGCGCGAGAUGCAGGACGCCUGGACGGCUCGCAAAGCUGAGGAGAUCCAAGGGUACGCGGACCGCAACGAGUGGAAGAACUUCUUCUCCGCGAUCAAAGCUGCCUUCGAUCCGCCGACCAAAGGCCCUGCUAUUCUUCUCAGCGCCGACGGCGGUACUCUCCUCACCAAGAAGACCCAAAUUCUACAGAGAUGUGCCGAGCACUUCCUAGGCGUCCCCAACCGUUCCUCCACCAUUUCCGGUGUCGUUAUUGCCCGUUUGCCGCAAGUGGAGACCAACGUGAACCUCGACCUCCCACCCUCUCUCCCGGAAAUCAUUUGA